AUCGUUAUUUAGUAACACUUGACACAUGUUCGUAGAAGACAGCGCACUUGUGGAUUUAUAAAAAAAGAAAAACAUAUUAUUAUGUAAAAUAAUAGUGACAAACAAAAACAAGCUUCAGUAAAUAUGUCGAUUACGAUUAAAACAGUUUGAGGUUAUGUGACUUCGAGUGCUAAUCGUCAGGAUGGCUACGCGAAUAUUGCAAUCUAUUAGCUUUUUGGAUAUGUUCGGAGCGGGCAUGUUGAUGCCGCAACUAGCCAAUCAUGCGAAACAAUUAGGAUGCAGUCACAUACAAAUAGGAACGAUGAGUGCUCUGUACUCUGGCUUCCAGCUGAUAUCCGGACCUGUCGUCGGAAGUCUCAGUGACACAAAAGGCAGGAAACCAAUACUAUUGUUGUGCCUGUACAUCUGUGCAUUCGCAUAUGUGUCGCUCGGGAUUACAUCCUCAAUUACGCUAUUUCUAUUGUUAAGAUCUGUGAUAGGCAUGUCCAAACAAACCCAACUAUUGACGAACGCUUUAGCGCCAGACUAUGAGACAGAUGGGACCAAACAAUCAAUAAUAUAUGGAAGGAUGUCGACAAUGACUGGACUUGGAAUGUCUGUGGGUCCUAUCAUUGGAGGACACAUAAUGGAAGCCUAUCCCAAUAACGGAUUCACUGUAAUUUGCUGUGUAGUCAGUGCUAUAUUCAUUUUCAAUACAUUUUUGCUCAGAAAACUGCCUGAUGUAAAGAUUUCGAAAUUUGCCAAAAAACAAGUCACCAUACCGAUAAAACUUUUGGAUUCGAUUACAAAAACAGCUAAAGAAUCCAUUGAUGAAUUUCGCAAAAUUGACUGGAGCAUCUUCUGGGAUUUGUUUUUAUUUAAGCUCCUUAUAACGUGUUGUGUUGGAUUGUACUUCAGUAGUUUUAGUUUAUUUUUAAAAAUAUACCAUGAGGUGUCUCCAAAAGAAUUGGGAUAUUUAAUAGCCUUUCAGGGCGGUAUGGGAUCUUUAUGCACGUAUUUCAUUGGCCACAUCACGAAAUUGUACAAACACGAUGAAGAUUUUUCUCAAAGAAUGUUGCAUAUUUCACUUGUAUUAUCUUUUACUUUAUUGGGUUUAUCCAUGACUUCCAGUAUCGUUAUUUUUGUGUUGCUAUUAAUACCUUUUGCUUUAUGUGGAUCAAUAGGAAGAGUUACCACUUUGGAAAUGAUUGCUAGUAGAAGUAAAAACACAAAUAGAGGAACUAUAAUCGGUGCCUCAAAUAGUAUGAAAUCUUUAUCUGGGGUAAUAACCCCAUUGCUUGGUGGUUUUAUUGGAGAGUAUUUAGGUAUAGCUUAUAAUUUCUACUUAGCCUCAUUUGUGGCUACCGCUGGAUCAGUAGCUAUAAAAUAUCAUAGAACAUACGGAACAUCGAAAAAUAAAUCUGAAUAAUUAUUAUAUAUUCCUAUAUCAUUUGAAAGUUAACCCAAUUAAAAUUAUGAAUUCAUAAUUGCUUUACAGUUUUCUUGUAAGUUAAUGCAAGUGGUAAUUAUAUGUGGGGCAGGUGGGGAGUAGUCUCGUGUGUGGCUGGUUCCCACGGUGGGUUCCUUCCGGAGCCGGUGACCCAUGACGCUACCGUCUCGGCGCCCACCUCGCGCCUCUCAUUGUUCCCUUCAAUAGUUCCCUAGACAUUUACCUACGAGGUGAUGUACGCUAGUCUUAUACGCCCCCUCUGUUUAUACAAGGUGCUUUGAAAUCAGCGAUGUGGAAAUUAAAUUCGUGCAGUUUCGUCAUUGUGGUUCGAUUGCUUAAUACAGGUGUUCUGUUUUCGUUCACAAAAUUAACUUUGGCAUUUUUACUGCAGAUUUAUGUUCAUCGUAUUUUUAUUAAUGAUAAUUCAUCUAUUUUAUUAUUUUAAUAAUGUUACAAUGAAAUUAGAAACAGACGUUCCUGUUUAUACAUUUGUGUAGGCUAAUCUACACAAGAAGUGAUUUGGAUCUGGUAUUAUGUGUUUAUGUUUUUAAAAUUUAUUAGUUGAAAUAUGGAAUCAGGUGUUAAUUUUAAAGCACGUCUGACGUAUCAGAUAUUUGUACUUAAAUAAAUUAGUAAGCGAUUAUCUA